AACCGGCGGUUAAGUUGUAAUUUUAGUAACACCGUACCGGGCUCUAUAGGGCGAUGCCAUAGAGCAUUAUCUGAUCCUUUGGAUCAAUAUAGCUAGCCACCCACAGCGAACGUCAAUAACUCGCAAGAACUUACAGAUGACAACAACAAACAUCUUAUUCCUGGACAUCCCAACUGCCCUUCCAGUGCCUUUCUCACCAAACACAUGGAAAGUCAGACUCGCACUGAACUACAAGAAACUGACCUAUGUCACAAAAUGGGUCGAGACGACUAGUAUCGCAUCUGUGUGCAAAUCGCUCGGAAUACCGCCUACGAGCACAUUACCAGAUGGAACAUCGAAAUACACACUCCCUGCGUUAAUAGAUAACACCACAUCUCCUCCUGCUCUUCUCUCGGACUCAACGCCAAUAAUCGAAUACUUAGAGCGCACAUACCCAGACCCCGAUUCCUCCCGCGCACUCUGCGCACCCGCCAGUCGCGCCCUCCACGCUCUCUUCGAAUAUCACGUCGCGCACUCCAUAACAGUACAGUUACUACCCGUCAUGGUUAUGCACAUGCACGACAAGAAGACCUUACAAGAUCGCACCCACUUCCGUAAACGCACCGAAGCGGCGUUUGGAAGGAAACUCGAGGAUAUAGAACUCAGGGGCAAGGAGCGCGAAGCACACUGGAAGAAGAUCGAAGACGCGUUUGACCUCCUUGCAACAUUUAUGCGGGCUGGGGGCACCGCAGGAGAAUUAUUUACGGGAUCGAAUCUAUCUCUGGCGGAUUGUAUACUAGGAGGUCUUUUGUUAACUUUCCGCUACACCAGCCCGGACGAAGCCUGGAUUAAGAUCUCGGCUUGGAACGAUGGGAAAUGGAUACGUUACAUGUCCGCCUUGGAGGAAUGGACGACUGUAGUAUAAAUAGCUUAUCAGUCGAUAGCAAACGUUGCUUAGCUCCCUUUCAAUUAUAGGUCUGCGGCGGCGGUCCAACAACUUUGGGAGUUUGAAUGGGAAGAA